GCGAAACCCUCGUCGAUCUCCAUUGUUGCCCACCAAUUCUUCCUCCAACAAUGGCCGACUGGUAGACCCCUCUCCAAUUCCCUUCUGCUCAAUUUUCACUCUCACACAAGAAGAUGGGAAGCAGUAGCAGCGACGUUGAAGCAGGAUUCGCCAAGCUCCAAGGCGAAGACUUCGAAUACUAUAUGCAAACCUACUCCAUCAUCCUCGGACGCAACUCCAAGAAAUCCACCGUCGACGUCGAUCUCUCUUCCCUCGGCGGUGGCAUGAACAUCUCCCGUCACCACGCCCGCAUUUUCUACGAUUUCCAACGUCGUCGUUUUGCCCUAGAAAUCCUCGGGAAAAACGGUUGUUUCGUCGAAGGCGUUCUUCAUCUCCCUGGCACACCACCUGUAAAGCUGGAUUCUCAAGAUCUUCUUCAAAUCGGUGAUAAGGAGUUCUACUUUCUGUUACCCGUUAGAAGCAUCCUUGGUGGUCCAAUUGGGCCACCGCGUCACCACGUUUCAAACCCUAAUUCCGUGACUAGUUACCCGUCUCCUCAUCUCAUGGCUUUGCCUCCUUCUGGUAGGGUUUCUGGCGGGAAGAAGAGUGGAAGGGGGAGGGUUGUGACUGAUUUUGAAGAUGCUUAUGAAGAUGAUGAGAUGGAUGAUAGUGGAGUGACUGGGACGAAGAAGAUAAGGAGAGGUGCCGGAGAUGGGCUCGAUGCUUAUGCAUCAUAUGGUGCUCCGUCGGGUUCCGGUGGGAAAUCACAUUCUGAUAAGAAGUCCGAGGGAAGAUCAAGAGUUGACAGAGAUUCUGACAACCAGCAGCUGUUACAAUUAGAAGAGAAAGACGUGGUGUCGUCUGUAGCUACUGUGCUAUCUGACCUUUGUGGUCCUGGGGAAUGGAUGCCAAUGGAGAAACUUCAUUCUGAGUUGGUGGAACAAUAUGGGAGUGUGUGGCACCAUAGUCGUGUUAGGCGGUAUCUAAGCUCAGAUGACAAUUCCGGUCCCGAAGCUCAGGGAAAACCAUGGUUCGGGCUGCUUAUGUUGUUGAGGAAAUACCCUGAACAUUUUGUGAUAAACACAAGGUCCAGAGGCCGCGUUACGUUGGAGUUUGUCUCGCUCGUCUCCCUCCUUUCAUGAUUGAAACCUACCUUGUAUUUAGGCAAUCAAUGAUGUGUAAACUAGUGAUGGAAGUUGGUCUUUUGUUUAGAGUUUGAUUAUAAUAGCUAAUAUGGGAUCUUUUUAGUGCA